AUGGAGGACCUGCACGGUUUCCACUUCACCGCCGGUUACUCCGAGCAGUCGCAGUCAUCUGUACCGGUUCCUCCAUUAACACCGACCGGUGAAAACGUUAUUUCACCGGUUUGGAUUCCAGUUCCUGAACCGCCGCAAUUGAACCGGUCUUGUUCUUCAUCAUUGGAUGCAGUGUCGUCCGAGGUCGGCAGGGUCGAGGAAGACGAGGUUUCGAAAACAUUUCGCGCCAAAAUUGCUUCUCAUCCUCUCUUUCCUAAUCUCCUCGAUGCAUAUAUAAAUUGCCAGAAGGUGGGAGCGUCGGAGGAUAUGGUGAAAUUGUUGGAUGAAAUCGGAGGAGAGAACAGCGCUGGCGGUGUUAGUCAGACUUCAUCAGCGUUAUGGGGUGCUGAUCCCGAGCUCGAUGAUUUCAUGGAAACAUAUUGCAGUUUACUGGUGAAGUACCAAUCCGACCUCUCGAGGCCCUUUGACGAGGCAAUCGAUUUUCUAAACGACAUGGAAACUCAGCUUAACUCCAUCUGCAACGAUUCUGCUCUCGAAAACGUUACUGACGAGACUAAUGGAUCAUCUGAAGAGGACUUCAGUAGGGAAGAAAAAGAGGCAACUGAGUGCAAGAAGAUAACUGAAGAUCGACAGCUAAAGGAUAAGCUUCUGCGUAGAUAUAGCGGCUAUAUUAGCAGGCUGAAGCAUGAAUUUUCCAAAAGGAAGAAGAAAGAAAAGAUACCGAAAGAAGCAAGGCAAAUCUUAAUUUCAUGGUGGAAUAUCCACUUUAAUUGGCCAUAUCCAACGGAAACGGAUAAGAUUGCGCUGGCUGAAUGGACUGGUCUUGAUCAGAAGCAGAUAAACAAUUGGUUCAUAAACCAAAGGAAGCGUCACUGGAAAGCAGGUCUCCAUGGACGCCCCUGCAUGAAUGACUGA